CAGUCAAAAUGAAUUACUAGCAAGCGUAUCACAAUGGUAGAUACUCGAGGAUCUAGUGCAGGGUCUAAUGCCCCGGGAUCCGGCCCAUUGAUGGUUGGACCCAACUACAGAGUUGGAAAAAAAAUAGGAUCUGGAAACUUUGGCGAAUUGAGAAUUGGUGUAAACUUGUACACGAAGGAAACAGUAGCGAUCAAGUUGGAGAAUCGGAAAUCUCGUGCUCCUCAACUUCAUUUAGAAAAUCGCUAUUAUAGAAUGAUGGGGAGUUACGAAGGACUACCCUGUGUUCACUAUUUUGGACCAUGUAAUCAGCACCAAGCACUCGUUAUGGAUCUGCUCGGAAAAUCUCUGGAAGACAUGUUUGAUUUGUGCGAUCGAAAAUUUUCCUUGAAAACAGUGCUAAUGAUAGCUAUUCAGCUCAUCCAACGUCUUCAGUUCGUUCAUGAAAAACACCUCAUUUACAGAGAUAUAAAACCUGAAAACUUUUUAGUCGGGAGAAGGAGCUCCAAAAAAGAACACAUAAUCCACAUAAUUGAUUUUGGAUUGGCCAAAGAGUACAUGGAUAGAGAAACAAACAAGCAUAUCCCUUACCGCGAGCAUAAGAGUUUAACAGGAACCGCUAGGUACAUGAGUAUCAAUACACACUUGGGAAAAGAGCAGAGUCGUCGAGAUGACUUGGAAGCACUUGGUCAUAUGAUGCUGUACUUUCUUCGAGGCUCUCUGCCGUGGCAGGGUCUUAAAGCAGAUACAUUAAAAGAAAGGUACCAAAAGAUUGGAGAAACUAAACGAAAUACUCCUAUUGACGUUUUAUGCGAAAACCAAUGCGAUGAGUUUUCCACAUACUUGAGGUAUGUCAGAAAGCUCGAUUUUUUCGAAACUCCAGAUUACGAGUAUCUGAUUAACAUGUUUCAACGCCUAUUUGACCGGAAAGGAUUUGAAAAUGACAGGAUUUUUGACUGGAGUCUUAUUCAGACACCAUCUCCGAGUCCUUCUGUCAUCGAGGAAAAUUUCCCUGCGAAUCGUCCCCGCUCGGGCUACCCCCCUAACAAACCAGCAACGGGCUUCCCUCUUGAUCCGAGACAGGCCUCAAAGUACCCAAAUAAUCAGCCUCAUGAGCAACCCCCAAGAAACACGGAAACGUCACGCGGUGAAUCAAAGUUGGUUCCUCAGAGAACUGAUGGAUCGAGGGUAGGAACCAACCCCAGUGGACCAAAUGGGGGUGAGAUUGACUCGGAGAUCAACUGCUGUCUCUUCAAGAUCAAAAAGAAGAGAAAAAACAGAAGGAAGAGCUCAACGGCCGAAAACAACAGGAUUCGCUGAGCUUCCAUUCACGAAUCAAGUAUAGGACUAUCUACCAUUAGGUUCUUCUGUUGAGCUAAAGCGCAUUUGCUGAAAAUAUUUUGUCAAUUAGUUAUCGAAAAAUCGUCAAUUUAUGCUGUCAACAACUUUCUGAAAUUCCUCGUUCAAGAAUCAGCUAGCGCAGCAACUACACAUCUUAUGAUUGCAGUAGAUCGUUUUGAUGGUUUUGAUUUGUCUAAUUUUGAUUAAAACUUAUUCCUUCUUUCGGACCACAAAAAUUAGCCUAAAAUGUUUCUUCAGCCGAACGCUGAGAAAGAAAACGUCCAAAAUCAUCUCAUAUGGGAUUUUGAAGAUGUUCUCAGCUUAUCACUUGCCGUCGUAAAAUAAAAGAAAUUAGUUAGAUUUAUUUGAUGUUUCGUUGAGCCUAAUCAGCUGUAAUAUAAAUAUUACAUUUCAGAAGCCAUCAAACGUUCUGUUUAAGGACGCUUUAUGCUGGUAGCUGGCACCCACUACUAUCAUACAUGCACUAAACUUGAAUCAAGUUUACUAUCUAACGCUCCCCUGAGAACACGAAAAUACCAUCCUGAAUGAACUCAAGAGAAGUUUUUUUUUUUAUUAUUCCGCAGUUUUAAGUUCAGCUAAUCAAUGCACUAGUUGCACAUCGGGUUUCGUCCUGAUUAUGGCCGAACAACUGAAGGAGGCUAACGUUUAAAUGUUGUUUUUAUGGGGAGAGUGUGAUAGUUUUACUUGGUCUCCUCCUAACUUUCCUUGUUUUGUUCAUUUAUUGCGUCCAGUAGUCCGUCUUCUAUCCGUUCAAAAUAAAACAACGAUAUCCAUGUCAGCCGUUUAUUUCAAUUAAACAAAUGUUAUUAGUAGUUAUUUUCAUUGUUAGCUUGUGCUAAUAGCAAACCAACUCUAAUGUGCUCCUAUUUUCUAUUUUUAUCAGCUUAAUUUUCUUUAUUCAGAAUAAAUUUUCUCAACGU